AUGAAGGUAUACAACAAGAUAUCGAUACUAUUCUCAGUUAAUCUUCUCCUAAGUCAUCUAAACUCAAAGUUUACCUCAUGCUACUUAAAUGAAAAUUCUGAAUCUAGAUGGAAGUUCUGCACUAAGAUGGCAUUUGGGAAAGAUUCUCAAGGUAAAAUGAGUUAUUAAGGUACAGUGCUCGAUGAUGAUAUAAAAUCUACUGACAUCAAAGAAGAAAAUUAUGUGAAUCUAUUAGCAUACAAAGAAGGGGUUUGGGAAUAGAAGAUAUCUGGUUUUAUGAGAAAUCUAGAUUGCAACGAGCUUUAAAGCUAUGCUUAUCUUACUUACCAAGUCAAGCUUGAAAAAGAUUAGCCAUUCCCUGUGGAAAACUUCAAGGAUCUAUUUAUCAGAGAUAUUCCUCAAGUAUGGUUUUUCGCCAUUGCCGAUUGUGAUAAGAGAGCAUUUAUAGGAGAAGAUGAAAUUGAUUUUAAAGUAGAUUUGAUGAUCAUGAAUAAUGAGACUCACUUUAGUGAAGAACGCCAAGGCAUGACUCUCUUUUAUAUUUCUGCUUUCCUUGUUUUCGCAUUAGUUUUGGGGGCAAAUGUAUAUAAAUACGUCACAGAUUUGUUUCAAUACAAUAGACCUGACACUCCAAUACUUCUACUCAUGAUGUCAGCAACUCUCUAGAUAGCUCAUAUUUUCUUCCAGCUUAUUCAUCAAACAGUUUACUCAUACAAUGGAAUAGGAAUAUUUUUACUAGAUAUAUUAUCAACUCUUUAGCUAAUCAUUUCCUAAAUAAUAAUGGCUUUCCUAUUUUUACUUCUAUCCUUUGGUUGGACUAUAACUAAAAAUAAUGUAGCUAUGGAAGAGUUAGACUUGAUAAUCCCAAUUUCAUGCUUUGUCAUCAUAAUGCAUGUUAUUGUGGGAGGACUGAUAUUUAUUGAUAACGAGGAGCAUCAUAAAUUUCAUGAUUACUCAGGCAUCCAAGGAUUUAUGCUAUGUUUUAUGAGAAUAUUACUCUUCAUGGGAUUUAUUUAUGGACUUUACUAGACAAGAAAAGAAAUUAAAGACUAAAGAAAAUUAGAGUAUAUGAGGCAACUCUUAUUAUCAGGGUCUCUCUACUUUUUGUCAUUGCCUUUCUUUUUGCUAUUAUGCAACUUAUUGUCUCCCUACAAUCAGUAACUAUUCUUUGUGUUUAGUACAUUCUUCACAUAACUUCUCUCUUUCAUUCUUCUUCUUUAUCAAUUUGGAACAAAAAGGAGUAAAUAUCAUCAAGCAUCAUAUCAAUCGGACACAGUUCUCCCCUAAUCAAAAGAAUACUGA